AUGGAAAAUUUACAAGAAAAAACCAAAAUUUUUAAACGUAAUGAUGAAACUAUUGUGAAACUUUUGAAUAUAUUUCUUAAGAAAGAAUUUAAUUAUGGCAUCGAUAUGGAAUCAGAUUGUAACAAUAAAAAUUUAUUAGAACCAACAACUGAACUAGCUUCGUGUAAAAGAAAGAAAUAUGAACAUCCCACAACAUCAACUCCGAAUGAAAAUAAUACUGCACUGUUAGAGAUUCAAGAACUUUUACAAACGGCUAUGUCCUGUCCUAAAUCUAUAAUUGAAGAGAUGUUAACAGAAAAUACUUCAGUGAUUCUGAACAAUCAAAAUGCAGUAGAAAGAAUGAAACUUGAAGUCGAACCUGCUUUGUACUUUCGUGGUCGUAAAGCCACUGAUUUUAAACCAAAAAAAUCUACAACACGUAAAGGAAAACCAUCAAAACCAAUGGCACCACGUUAUUUUCCCGAUAGAGAAAAUCAUCAUUAUCUUAACUUAUUGAUUCCAAAUGCAUAUCUAUUAGGCGAUCUUUUCGAAAUUUGUUUUGAAAUAUGUAUAGUGACAGCUGAAAUCAAUGGUUAUACAUAUUACCAUCCGUAUUUCAAGUUUCAAGUACAUCGAACUGAUAUGAAUUCUCCAAAUCAAAAUCCACAAUUCAUAUUUCUUGACAAUACAGUUGAGUUAAAACCAUAUUCGGAGCUUUUAAAACAAUUACCACUUCGACUAGUCGUUGUUAUGCAUACUAACAAGGAAUUGAUGACUAGUGAACAGCCUUUAAAAGUCUUUUCAUCAGCAACAAAUAACAAUAAUAGAAAAAUCAUUACGAAAAGAUAUGAUACUCAUAAAGAACUUAAAGAAGCUUACCAACUUCAUCAACUUCGCUUUGCAAUAAUACCAUGUACUAAAUCACCCGGUGAAAAUGUAUUUCAACGACAUGGUGAUGAACAAUAUAUUAGCGAAAUUUCAACAGAAGACAAAAAUACUAAAAUUCGACGAGUUAAAGCAUAA